AUGUAUCACAUAAAACUUAACGGAGAAUUAAUUUCCCGAUCAAAAUGCAAGCAUCAAGCUGCAACAUUACAAAAGCAAUUAUGCAAUCUAAACGGCAAUUUAACAGUACCAACCGACACAUCGGAACAAGCAAGAAAUCAAUUGAAUCUUCUAAAGGAUAUUGGGAUUCAAUCAAGAGAAAGAAAAUUGACACAACAGACUGGACAGACAGAGCUGUUGGAGAACAAAACGAUAAUCUAUCAAACACUUGUGUUUUUACCAGGGCCAGACUUAACCGAAUCAUCCCGGACUUCGUCGGAACUGACAAAAUCAAUCCAAAACGAGCCAGUAAUCACCGAUACGGGCCAAUUUUGGCAAGUGGAAAAUUUGGACGACAGCAUAACGUUCCUUUGCGAAGAAUUGCUAACGCCCAUCGCAUUACCGGCUCAGUCUGCUCAUCAGGGUGAAGAACUCAACACGCCAACUAUUGAUAAUCAUCAGAAAGGAUUCGAAAAUUACGAAUAUCAAUCACAAAAGGACGACAACGCCAUAACGUUAAAUAAGUUUAUCGAUAAUCAAGACCAAGUACAAGAAAAACUGGAGAUAGAAAACACCAUCACUAAAUCUAUAAAUCUUAAUAAAGAAGAAACAACAAAAGAAAACAUUUUAAACUUAGAUAAUAUCGGCGAACUGUUAUCAGACGGUCAAAUGUUUCAAUUGGAUUGCGACCCAACAUUCUUCGAUUCAAUGAAUAUCGAAGAGAACUUAAACAAUAAUAUAGGAUUAGAGCAGAUUAAGGAUCUUAAUAUUAUUUCUGACGAGUUUUGGACUCGAGCUCCAGUUGAUAUAGAAAUUUUUAGUGAAUUACCUGAUUCACUUUUCGAAAGCAGCAUCAUGAUGGAGAAGAAGGAAGAACCUUUAGUAAUUACGGCUCCUCCAUCACCAGUUGUUGAAGAAGCUGUGGAAAUUAAAUCAGAAAACCUUGAUUUUGAUCUUAUAAAAUAUAUAAUAUUUGGAGAUAAUGACGAAUUAUUAACACCAGUUGAUGAGAAAGGUUGCCCAAAUUUUCAACCUCUUAUAGAUGAGAAGAAAAUUGUAUACAAAACAGAUCCAGAGCCAUCAACAUCAACAAAAAAAAUCGACAUAAAACAGGAAGAAUCUACACCAAAGUCAUCAGAAUUUGAGAAAAAUGGCAAAUCAUUACGACGAAGAGCGCCUAAGAGACGUUAUUCUUCUGAUAGUGAUUAUUCAAUCAAAACAUCAGCAUCUUCAUUCAACUCAAACACACAAAGAUUGUCGAAAAAGAAACGUGGCCGACCAGCGAAAGAACUUAUCACAGAUCUUCCAACUAUCGAUGAUUUCAGCCAUAUGCCCAUUGAACAUGCAAGCCAUCUUGUCCUUAGAAUAAAGAAUAAUGAAGCAUCGAGAAAAAGUCGAAUGAAGUCCAAAUCGAAGCAAACAGCAAUGGAAGAUGAAUGUGAUCGCCUCGAAAGUAGACAAAGUAGAUUAAAAAUCAAAAGAAACAAAUUGGAGGGCCAGAUUGAGACUCUCAGAAGAUGGCUUUUGGGGCUCAACUAAAUAUCUAUAUAUAUUACAAGAUUUUCUUGAAUUUAAUUUGUAAAAUGUUUAAAAGUUAAAACAAAAUGUUAUUCUUAAUCGAUUGUAGCAUAAGAUCCUUAAAAUAAUCCUUUAUAUUGUUUAAGGUAUAUUAUUCAUACUUGUACGCACUUUAAAUAUUUAAUAUUAAAAAUAUAAAAAUAAGAACCUCUAACUACAUUGUUUUAUUAUACUUUAUAAAUAUUACCUAUGUUGGUACUUUAACAACCAAAAGAAGUUUUUGUUUUCAAAAAAAAAAUGUAGAUGUAAAAACAUCAAAAAAUUUUGUUAAUCUAAAAUUUGGAAAAUAUGCUUUCGAUGUGAAUUUGAAGAAUUGAAUAAAAAUUUGGGCAUGGA